AAGAGGGAGAGAAGGUUGGGACGGCGAGCGAGUGGAGUGACGGCAAUGGUGGCGACGGUGGCGAGCUAGAGUGGAAGAAGCGUGAGGUGGCAGAGUGAAUGAGGUGGUGAGCAAGGGUGGCGACGUCCGCGACAGUGGAAGGGCGGCAUGCGGGUGGCGGAUACUGCAGCAACGGUAACAGCGGGGAGGCGGCGUGUGGAGAGCCGGGAAGGUGAGGAAAGCACUGCUGGCGAUGAUCGAGCUGGACGUGGACUGCGCGUUGUUUGACAGCGCUGCCGUGUGGUCGGCGUUCUGGUCCGUGGACGCGGAAGCUCGGGCGUUUGCGCAAGUGUCACGAUGUUCCCGCUGCUCCGAGCUUAUUUAGAUGCAAAAGACCGGCUUUUCAUUCUACCACUCAACUCACCGACUACGGCACAAUCACGAUGAGUGAUAUUGACAACUUUGGCACCGUCCCCUCAACGCAAACAUGCCGGCGACGGUUCAGAC